AUGGAUGUAACCCAGCACUCCGUGGUGCCGCCUCCUCGUGCGUGGCGCAGCCCCAAGCUGGUGAGACAGGUUGGUAUGGAAGUGAAGGACCGGGGCUUUGAAGUCGCAGAAGCCCAGUUUCAAAGCCCAGCCAGCUGCGGGGCCACGCCGCUGGCCGCCCUCGCCCUCUUGGUGCUGGGGGCUCCCCUGGCGCUGGCGGGCGAGGACUGCCUGUGGUACCUGGACCGGAACGGCUCCUGGCAUCCGGGCUUCAACUGCGAGUUCUUCACCUUCUGCUGCGGGACCUGCUACCAGCGCUACUGCUGCAGGGACCUGACCUUGCUCAUCACUGAGCGGCAGCAGAAGCACUGCUUGGCUUUCAGUCCCAAGACCAUAGCAGGCAUCGCCUCGGCCGUGAUCCUCUUUGUUGCCGUGGUCGCCACCACCAUCUGCUGCUUCCUCUGUUCCUGCUGCUACCUGUACCGCCGGCGCCAGCAGCUGCAGAGUCCUUUCGAAGGCCAGGAGAUUCCAAUGACAGGCAUCCCAGUGCAGCCGAUGUACCCGUAUCCCCAGGACCCCAAAGCUGGCCCUGCACCCCCACAGCCGGGCUUCAUGUACCCACCCAGUGGUCCUGCUCCCCAGUAUCCACUCUACCCAGCUGGGCCCCCGAUCUACAACCCUGCAGCUCCUCCCCCCUAUAUGCCACCGCAGCCCUCCUACCCAGGAGCCUGAGGGACCAGCCGUGUCUCUGCUGCCCCUUCGAUGAAGCCAGCUCUGGGAGAUGUCCCCCUCCUGUACCUGCAUCUGGCCCUGGGGGCGGGCAGGGAUCCUCCAGUCACCAGACCCUGGACCACACCAAGCUCUGGGCCUUGCUGGGGACAGAGCCCCAGGGAAGUGGAACAGGAGCUGAACCGGAACUAGACCAGAAACAAGGGUGGGUGGGGCGGGCUUGGGAUUGGUGGGCGAUUUUUACUGGGGCAAGGGAGGGAGAUGACAGCUUGGGUCCCAGCCCCUGCUUUCAGAUGGCCCCUCUGCUCCUAGGGCC